AUGGCCGACACUCAACAUCCCACCCCUCGUUUCUCGCCCUCCGAAGUCACAGUUGUUUUCCUUCUUGGUGGUCCCGGAAGUGGCAAGGGUACUCAAUCUGCCAAUCUCGUCCGCGACUACGGCUUUGUCCAUCUGUCGGCGGGUGAUCUACUGCGCGCCGAGCAGAUCCGCGAGGGAAGCCAGUAUGGUGAACUGAUCAAGACUUAUAUCCGGGAGGGCAAGAUCGUUCCGAUGGAGAUUACGGUGGCACUGUUGUCGAAUGCCAUGGCAGAUGCCUUAAAGAAUGGUGCUAGUGCCGGGGAGGGCAAGAAGGCCCGGUUCCUGGUCGAUGGGUUCCCGCGCAAGUUGGAUCAGGCUAUUUUCUUCGAGGAUACAGUCUGUCCUUCGGAGCUGACACUGUUCUUGGACUGCCCAGAGGAGGUUAUGGAGAAGCGCCUAUUGAAGCGCGGAGAGACCUCCGGCCGUGAUGAUGACAAUGCUGAAUCCAUUCGGAAGCGUUUCCGCACUUUUAUUGACACCAGUAUGCCUGUUGUCGACGCUUUUAAAAAACAGAAUAAGGUUGUGUCUGUGCCGGCCACGGGGUCUGUUGAGGAGGUGUAUGCUCUUAUCCAAGAGGGUUUCAAGGCUCGUGGGGUGCAUCAGCAGUGA